AUGAGUUUGAAUAAUAGCACAAAUUUCGUAAUAAAUGCAGAUAAGGAAAAUGACGCAUCACAUAACAAACCUACUAAUGAUAUAAAUUUAUUUUCUGAUAUUUUAAGCAGAGAUAUGAAAGGUGUAUUAAAUGAUAGUACAAAGGAAAUAAAUAUGCAUGAACAGGACAGAAAUAAUUGCAACAUUGACAGUUUUUUUAAUGACGUAAAUUUAAAUAGUUCUAACAAUAAUUUUAGUAAAUUAAUUGAAGUUGAAAAAAAAAUGUCUAACGAAAAUAAACACCUUGAUGAUAAUAUCCAAGAAAAAAUAAAUGAUAUUGAUGAGAAAAAAGAAGAAACAUUAUUAUUAAAUAUAGCUGAUAAUAUGACAUGUUCAGAUAUAAGCAUGAAGAGUUUAGCUAGUUCUGAAAAAAAAAAAAAAUCUGAGUUCACAAGUAUGUUAGAAGAUGCAAAUGAAAAAGCAGAAAAACCAAAGUUAGUUUCUAAAUUUUUAGAAGAACUAAAUUAUAAUAAUAAAAAAAGUCACACCCCUAUUUUUAGUGAAGCAUUUAAUUUGAUAGAUAUAUCUUCUAUAUCUGAAGAAACAAAACAAAGUGUAUAUUCAAAAUUAGAUUAUGAUUUUAGUAGUAUGAAAAAUAUAGGAUUAAAUAAAUUUAUAAUAAAUGAAAUGGAAAACGAUAAGAAUAAAAAAAUAGAAUAUAGUAAUAUAUGUGAUGAAGAAGAAACUGAUAAUAAAUCAUUAAAUGAAGAAAGAAAAAUAUAUAAUAAUAAUGAAAUAUUGGAUAAUUAUAGUAUUCAAAAAAAAAGUGAAUGUUCUGAUUUGAGUAAUAUUAGUGAAAACGAAUCAGACGGAAUAGAUAAACUUUUUAAUCGACAUAAAAUUGAAGUUUCUAAUUUAUCAAAAUAUUUUGAUUUUCAUAAAAAUGAAAUAAAAAAUAAUAUAGACACAUUAAAAACUGAUGAAAAAUUUAAAAAUAGCACAUGUAAAGAUUCAUAUACUAACUUAGAAAAUGAUGAAAUAUAUGAAUAUGGAUCAGAUUCUUCAAAUAAUUCAACUACAAGUUUUGAUGAAAAAAUAGAUAUUGAAAAAGGAGAAAAUAAUGAAAAUAAACAAGUAGAUAUAGAUAGCAUAUUGACAUUGAAUAAUUUAGAAAAAAUAAAUAAAAAUUAUAUUACUUUAAAAGAAAGACCAUUAGGUAGCAUGUUAACUGAAGAGGAAUCUCUAAAUUUGGAAACAAAUUAUAUUACUAAUGAUAUUUUAAAUGAUAUAUUAAAUAUUAAGGAUGAAAAAAUAACAUUUGAAAAAUUUAAAAACUAUUUUAUAAGUUUAAAUUAUGAAGUAAAUGUAGAAAAAUUAAGAUUAUUAUUUAAUUCUAUAGUAGAACAUAAAAAAUGUAAUAUGAAAAAUGAUGAAGAAAAGGAAAAUAAAAUAGACAAACAAAAAGAAAAUAAUUUGAUAAAUCAAGAAGAAAUAUAUAUCAAUAUAGAUAACUUAAAAUCUUAUAUUAUUGAAAGAAAUUCUAAAAAUAAUAAUUAUUUUAAUGAAAUUUUAAAAAUGAUUAUUCAUUUUAACAACAUAUUAUUAUUAAUGGUAAAUAGUAGUUCUAUUAAAAAUGAAGAUAAAAUAUUAUUUGAAUUGUUAGUUUUCAAAUUUUCAUCGAGCUUUAAUGGAAUUGUAGAAACACCAAAUGAUAUAGACAAUUUAAUUAAACACCUAAAUGAAAUAAUUAAGCUUAUAUUAUUAGACGAUUCAAAAAAUAAGAAUUUAAAAAAUAUUAUAUUGGACUAUUUAAGAACAAAUAAAAUUUCUCUAAAAAAUAACGAAAUAUUAUCGCAACUUAAUAAAUCAUCAAAAAAUAUUUUAGAAAAAUCUAAACAGAUUAAACAUUGUGAUAAUAUAGAAGCUGAAUCAGAAAAAAACACAACUGAAUUGUUGAAUAGUGGAAAUAGUAAUUCUGAAAUUAGAAAAGAAGAGGAUUAUCAAUAUAAAGCCACUAAUGAAAAACAUUCAAUAAAAAUGGAAAAAAAAAUAACAAAAAAUUUAAAGAUAUCAUUAAAUGAUACAGAAAAUAAUACUAGAAAUUUAACAAAAGAUAUUAUAAUAAGCGAAAUAAAUAGCACAAAUAAAUCUUCGGGAAAUUACAAAAAAAAUAACGAAUGUAGCGAAAAUACCGAACAUAGUGAGGAGUUAUUUGAAUGUGACAACAGUAUAGAUGAAAGUACAGAGGAAAUGAAAAAAGAAAGAAAUAUAAUUGAUAUCGAAAAGAUUAAAAAUGAUAUAAAAAUAACAAAUCAUAGUGAACAUUCAUAUGAUAAAAACAAAAAAAUAAAAAAUAAUUCUAAAAAAAAUAUAAAAUGUAAAAAUGUGGUAAAGAAUAGUAAUAGCAAAAUUGAUGAGAUUAACUCUAAUAGUACAAAUGGAAAUAAAAAGAAAAAAAUAAGAUUGGAAAAAAAAAGCAAAGUUGAAAAUAGUGAAGCAAAAAUAGACAGAGUUGGAAAAGAUGGCGAACAAGUUAAAAAUGCAAAUGAAAUUGAUAAAAAAAUAAAAGAGGGAGUUACAAAUUGUGUAAAUGCUAAAAUAAAUGAUGCAAAAAAUAAUUAUAUGAGAAAUUAUACAAAUGAUAUUAAUAUGAAAAAUGUUCAAAAUUAUAUGAAAAGGUUUAGUUCUAUGAAUAAUACUAAUAAUAUACCUUCCUAUAUUAUUAUGAACAAAAACAAUAGAUAUAUUAAUUCAAAUAACGCAUUAUAUAAAAAUGGAAAUUUUUUAUUUCCAACUAUUGGUGAUAUAAAUGACUAUAAUACACAAACUGUAAAACUAACAAAUUCUGGAUAUAUUAAUGAAAAUAAAGCUUUUGGAAAACCUGAAUCAUUUAAUCAUCAUAUUUUUAAGGACAACUGUCAAAACAAUUUCAUAAAAAAAAACUCGAUUAAUGAAAAUACUGAUAAUAUAAUCAAUUCUAAUCAAUAUCUAUGGAACGAAAAAUUGAGAGCCCAUCCUAACAUAAAACAUAAUACAAAUAAUUACAUAAUACAAGCUAAAAAUUGCAUUAAUAAUAAUACAGCUCAUUAUAAAGAAAACCCAUGUUUGCAUUUUUCUUCACAUUUAAAUUCUACAAUAGACAAUUCAUAUAUUAGUAAAUUAAAUGAGGACUAUAUAUUUGCAUCUAAUUUGGAUCCAUAUAAAAAUGCAAUCCUUGGAAAAGAACCACAUAUGAAUAUCAACUCUUUCAAUAAAGUUAGAAGUACUAUCAGUAUAAAUAACGCCAUUAAUGGAAUAAACGUAGAUAAUGAUCGUGUAUAUGAAAAAAGCAAAAUGAUACUAAAAAAAGAUGGUUCUGUAGCUAAUACAUCUAAAUCAGAUGUAAACAAAAACAUUAUUGGAAAUACAUGGGAAAAUAAUAAUAUUAACAUAAAUAAUGAACAAUAUAAAAUUAAAAGUAUAUCAAAUUUAAAUCAAUUUAAGAAUAAAAUAAUUGAUGAAAAAAACAAACGUUAUAGUAUCAGCUAUACCAAGAUACCAAAUAAUAAUAAUAUAUAUAUAGGUUUUCGAAGAAAUAUAAAUAAUUUUUCUGGUAAAAAUAAUGCAAAUAUUAAUUCAAGAAGAAACAAAUCACAAAAUAAAUAUUUAAGUUCAAAAAGUGAUGUUCAUGCUACUAUUAAUUCCACUACUAAUCUAACUAGCGAAAAGAGAGAUAGUGAUUUUACUAACAAAAAUUUAUCAAAUUUUGAAAGUGGAUUGUUCAAACUAAAAAGUUUUGCAAAUAUUUUAAAAGAAACUAAUAAAUCUCGAGAAAUUUGUGAAAAGAAUGAAAAGGAAUCUAAAAAUGUAUAUCAUCGAUUUACAGAAAUCCUUACAAAUGGAAUAAAACGAUUUACAUUAGGAUCUACCAAAUCAAUAAAUUUGAAUAUUAAUGAUGAAAAAGAAAACAAAGAUUCUAAAAACGUAGAUGUAAAUAAUAAUAAAUUAUGUGAACAAAAUGAAUCAAAUACAGAAAAAGACAACAAUAAUACAAAUUUUAUGAUAGAACAAUCUGAAAAUAAUGAUAAAACAAAAAUAGAUAAAACCGAAAAUAAUAAAGUAGAAGAAUCACAAUGUGUUAAUAAAUCAAAAAAUGAAAAUAACAAAAUUAGUAAUAUAUCUUGUAAUCCCAAGGAAUAUAAUUUAAAUGAUGGUAAUAUAAAAAAAAUGAACAAUUUUUCAAAUAAUGUAGAUGAAAUAAAAAAACAGACAAAUAAUAUAAUUAAUUACAGAAACAGUAAUAUGCAUCUUAUGAAUAAUAAUUUGUCUAAUAUUAAAAAUUUUGACAAAUUAAAUAAUGAUAAACUUGGUAAUAAUGGAAUAUGUGAUAAUAUAAAAGCUUCAAAUAUUCAUUAUAAAAACUUUUCUAGUAAUAAUAAUAAUAUAGUAAACAAUAAUAAUAAUACAUUACAUACAUAUAAAAUGCAUGUGGAUAAUCCUGAUAUGAAAUAUAAAAAGGGAUAUCAUUCAAAUAUAUUUAAUAGAGGAAAUCAAGGAUUGUUAAACAUAAAAAAAUCGUGUUCUAAUUAUGUUAAUAAUAAUAGAAUAACGACAUCUAUAUAUGAAGCUGCAACUAACUCAGGAGUGAGAUCAGGAUCUGGGGGUGAUCAUUUUAUCCAUUUCCAUAAAAGAAAUAGCACAUUAAACGGAGCAAUGCCUUUUACAAAAUUUCAUGAUCAUAAUAAAAAUAUAAUAAACAAUAUAAAUACAAAAGGAAAUUCUAACGAAAAUAAUCCAAUUAUUCAUGGAAUAAUAAACAAAAACAAAAUUGAAUUACCAAAUGAAUUUAACAAAUCAUUCAUGAAAAGAGAAAGUAAACUUGAUAUAAUGAAUAAUAGUAGAAUAAUAAAUAUGGGUAAUAAUACAAAUGAAGAUAUAGGAAAAUAUAUAUAUGACAAGGAUCAUUUAUUUUUAAAACCAAUUACAGGUUUUGAAAAGGUAAAUAAUGAAACAAACUUGUUUAUGCAAGCAACCAAUGACAAUUUUGUGACAAAAGGAAAUCAGAUAAAUUAUGAUAUUAAUAAUAGUGGAAUGAAUAAGAUUGAUGGAAGCAUAAUUGAAAAAGCAGUUUCUAAUGAACUUUCUAUGAAUAAUUUGAAAAAAAACAUAUCAGAAAAACAGACAAAUAAUAUGAUUUCUACUAAUACAAUUAAAAUGCAUAAUAAUCAAGAAAAUGGAAACAGAAAUUGCAUUUUGAAGACACAAAGGUUUUUCCAAAAUAAUGUAGCAAAAAGUGGAUACCAAAACGAAUUACAAAAUAAUUAUUUAAAAAAUUAUGAAAAAAAUAUAAAAAGCAAUUCAAAUCAUAGCACAAAAGAAACAAAAUUUGUUUAUAAAGAUGACACAAAAUAUAAUAUGCCAACAACUUUUUUAAAAGAAUUUCAAAAAAAUAUUUCAAAUGAUAAAACAUAUAUAGAAACAUUUGAUGAGAAUAAUUUAACCAUCGAGCAAAUUAUGAAGAUACCUGGAGUUAAAUUAGGAAAAAAUUAUAUACAAGAUAUAAACGUAUGUUCUGAUUGGUCUAAAUUUAACGAUUAUGAUCAAAAAGUAAUUAAACAAUCUAUACAAAAUAAUUUUGAUAAUAAUAAUUUCAAUAAUUUUAUGGAUUAUACACAAUUUACUAAUACAUUUUUUUCAACUGAAAAAUAA